AAAAAUUUUCCCCCGUCCACCUUUCGUGUAAAAUCGAGGUGUUUCGAGCCUUCGCUAGCAUCGACGAGCUGCUCUCCUCCGCCAACCCGUGGAGGUUUGACAUCGCUUCUAGAACGUUCGCGUGACAUCAGUCCCGUACACUUCAAUACUCGACCAAGAUAAAAUACAGGAAACACGCAAGCCCAAAACGUUCCCCCGAAAGACCCAAUGAGCCAUUUGAGACUGAAACUAGGCCGAAUUCUUUCACCGCGAGCACAUCCACACGCCAGACCACAAGUUUGGGUUCACUCCGUCCGCCCAUCAUCGACCGCAAGCUCCGCAAUGUCGGAACCAAGCAACCAACAAACAUCGCAAGAGCCGACACAAGCGGGGACGGACACGCCUGUCCUGGCGCUGCCGGCCGUCGAAGACGCCCAGGCGACGAAGCUGGACGCGUCCUCGGGCUACGGGACGGCCAGGUUCGACGCGCUCGGUCCGGUCGUCGUCAACGUGGACGGGACGCUUUCGCGCAUCACCAACUGGGACAAGAUGGCUGACAUCGAGCGCAAGAACACACUGCGCAUCCUGGCCAAGAGGAACAAGGAGCGGCUUGACAGCCUGAAAGCUCAGCAGAAGGACGGCGCGAGCUGAGCACGGGUUUUGGUUCCUGCAAAACAAGAACAAGAGAAGAGGAUGAAUAAUGAAUCCGUGUGUUAUUAAAUAAAAGAGAGAGAGAAAGAGACAAGAACAUUGGACGGGCUUCCAUCAUUUCUGCGGCUAUUUUUUGCCGGGAUGGGACAUUUCUCUUGGAGCGAAGAGCAAAGACCGUGAUAGACGAUGCUUCUUUUCGUUUUGCUGGGCCGAUACGUCGAAAGCCUAUGACUCUUCUUUUCCACUGACGAGAGCAUAAAAGAAUCUCAUGCAUGUUCUCUGUGGUAACAUACAAACGCCCCUUUUUGUU